UGCGGGAAAAACGUGUUUACUAUUUUCAUUGGGGAAUUAGACUUAUUUCACACGAUCUUUUUUCUGCCAAAAAUGAGUGUGAAAAAAAGAGUAUUAACUAAAGAAAAGAAGCAUAAUAAGUCCAAAAAAUCUAAAGUAUCGAAGAAAGGCUCUAAUUCCUCGGAUUAUGUUAAAAAACGUUCUAAAAAUCUUGCCUUUAACAAAUCUCAGAAGAAGCAUGCAGUCUUUAAAGAGCAGAAUUAUGAAAAACCUACCGCAGAACCUGCCUCAGAAUCAGAAGAAGAUAAUGAAAUGUCUGUAGCUUCUAGUGACGAUUCGGAAGAAGAAUAUGAAAAAGCUCCGAGAAUCAAAAAAAGUGUUCAGGUGAGAAAUUUGCUUCCUAUUAAAAAUAAGAAAGGAUUAAUUUAUAGAUCAGAAAUUGUUAAGGAAGAAAGUGAAGAUGAAUUACCGGCAAUUGAUAGUGAGAAGAAAGAAGUUAAAAAGAAGGAUCUGAUUCAGAGCUAUGCAAUGCAACAGAAGGUGUUUAAAGAUUUGAAACGUAAAGUUGCUUUGUUGUGUACAUCUAUAAUUGAAGAACCUGAUAAUAACAUGGUUGCUUUAAAGGAACUUGUAUCCAUGAUACAGAACCAGACUACUCAAAUGGUAAUCAGUGAAAAAAAAGUUUUAUGUUUAUCGUUGCUUCAUGUGUUUUUAGAUGUUCUUCCUGGAUAUCGAAUCAGAACUCAAGAAGAAACUGACACAAAGGUUAAAUUAAAGAAAGAAACUAGGAAAUUACUUGGUUAUGAACAGACUCUUUUGAAAUGCUACAAAAAAUAUUUAGAUUUAUUAUAUGAUUUAGUGAGAGAUAUGAAACAUAAAAUGUCUCUUAAUAACAUUUCAAGUACUAAGCAACGUGUGUCAUAUGAAGUAGGCUUGAUUGCUGUGAGAUGUCUGUGUGAAUUGUUGAGUACACGAUUUAGUUUUAAUUAUUUUAAAAACAUAGCAAAUAAAUUAGUACCUGUUGCAAUUGAUUAUGAUGAAAAUAUUUCCAACAUGUGUUGCAAAGCAUUUGAAAAGCUUUUUCGAGCUGACAAACUGGGUGAAGCAUCAUUUAGUCUUGUAAAACAGAUCAUUGAUGUUAUUAAAGAACGCAAGUUUAAUGUUCCUGUUUGUUUACUGAGAACAUUUUUAUGUCUGAAUUUAAGAGAAGCAAGGCCAGAAUUUGAGAAAGUUGACAUGGCUAAAGGACGUAAAGAAUGGCGUGCCAUGUCCCGUAGCCAAAGAAAGGAUAAGAAAAAAAUUAAAGACCUUGAAGCUGAAUUAAAGGAAGCUCAAGCCUAUGAAUGUGUUGAUAAUGUAAAGAAAUUCCAUACUGCUACUUUAAAUAAAAUUUUUUGGGUUUUCUUUCAUAUUCUCAAAGAUGGUGAAAAGGUAUCACUCAUUGGUCCCGCUCUAGAAGGCCUUUCUAAGUUUGCUUAUCUUAUCAAUUUAGAAUUUUUCGAUGAUCUUAAUGCUGUUGUAUGUGGCAUGAUGGAAAGUGGGAAACUUAGUGAUGUUGACAAGUUACAUGGUGUGUAUACAUUGUUCACUAUUUUAGCUGGUCAAGCUGAGUCCUUACAUAUAGAUCCUCUUAAGAUAUAUUGUCAUAUGUAUCAAGGCUUGCUAAAUUUGAGUCAUUCUACUGAUGUUGAGCAUUUUGACCUUACUCUUAAAUGUCUGGAAUUUAACAUUCUAAGGAAGAAAAAGAAGAUAUCAUUCAACAGGAUUUUAGCAUUCAUAAAACGUGUUUGUAGCGUGAGUUUGCAAACACCUGUUCAUGGAACCUUGGGAUUGCUUUGUUCUGUGCGGAAUAUAAUGAUGAAUGUUAAAGGUGCUGAUAUUUUGCUUGAUUCUGAGAAUUCAAUAGGAAGUGGAAUUUUUCAUCCUGAAAUGGGAGAUCCUGAACACUGUAAUGCACAGUCAACAGCUCUUUGGGAGUUGCAUUUAUUGAAGACACAUUAUCAUCCAGCUAUUAAAUUGUAUGCACAACAUUUACUACAUAACUGUUCUAACACAGGUAGAUCCCUUCUUCCAGAUAAAUUAGCAAAAUUGACUCCAAUUGAAACUUUGAACCGUUUUUCUGAAAUAGCUGUCGAAAACAGAAUGGACUUUUUGGAAAACACUGAAGAGCCUCCCAAAAAGAAGUUUAAAAUCGAUAAUAGUAUUGAAAACACAUUUGUUGCAAAUGAUGUCAAAUUGGAAUUAGAUGCAGAUGCAUUACACAAUAUUGAUUUUUUACAGCAUGUUGCAUCUGAAACAUCCCAAUAAAAAUAUUUUAAUUAUGUAUUCCAUUAUUAUUUUGUAUGAAAAUAAAAU